AGUGUGAUUGCAAUUGAUUCUAAUUUUUUCUACAAAUGGUUUAUUUAAAAACAAGUUGAGAUUCUCUAGAACAUGCUAGAAGUUUUUCGAAAUUGUAAAAACAGAAAGGUUUACAGUGUGUACUAGUUACUCGGUGUACUCGGUGUAACUUAUACGCUUGACGUACUCGUAUUUGUGAUCCUAUACAACGUGUGUAACUAAGUUAAAAUAAGAUAAAGUUAAAAAUGUCGCAGGAAGAAAAUUUAUUGCCUUGUUAUAAUCGUGGCUGUGGCAAAAAAUUUGAUCCGAACGAUAAUAAGGAAGGAGAUUGUAUUUACCACUCUGGGUAUCCAGUAUUUCAUGAUGCCUAUAAAGGUUGGUCUUGUUGUAAUAAGAAAUGUACAGACUUUACGGAAUUUUUAAAUAUCAAGGGAUGUGUGAAAUCAUAUCAUUCAAAUAUUAAACCAGCAGAGCCAGAAAAGCCUGUUGUUGAUAAAUCAAAAUGGAAUGAAAUAAUUGAAGUAAUUGCUCAACCUCUUAGCAAUGGAUCUGCUUUAGAAAGGCCUCCUUUUGAAACCCCACAAGUCAAUUUAAUGCCAGAUGUGUCACCUGCUUUAUUAGAACAAAUUAAAGGAUUAACUUCUAAUAUAUCACAAAACAUAUGUGAAAGUAAAGUUCAAAUUGGACAAAGUUGCAAGAAUAAUUCAUGUAAGGCUACAUACAAUGGCCCUGCCUCUGAUGAUGAAGUAUGUAAUCAUCAUCCUGGUGUUCCUAUCUUCCACGAAGGAAUGAAAUAUUGGUCUUGUUGUCAAAAGAAAACCACAGACUUCUCUACAUUUUUAGAACAACCAGGGUGUGCACAAGGAAAGCACACAUGGAUUUCUAAAAAUACUGGUAAGAAGGCUAAAUGCAGAAUGGAUUGGCAUCAAACAGGCACAUUUGUUGUAAUUUCAGUUUAUGCUAAGAAAUAUCAACCAGAUCAAUCAUCUAUUAAAUUGAAUCCUAUACGAUUAACUGUAGAUUUGUUCUUCAUAGAAGAAAACUCUAGAUAUAAUCUUGAUUUAGAAUUAAGAGGAAUUGUUGAUAUUACACAAAGCAGUGUCAAUAUGCUUCCUACUAAAGUAGAGAUUAAAUUAAAGAAAGCAGAACUUGGGUCAUGGGCAAAGCUGGAUUUUCCUAGAGCAACUGAAGAAGAAACUGAAGAAGAUAGCCAAAAUGACGAAAAUAUUAGUGCACAAGUUGAAGCUGUAGAUCUUAGUGAUCUUUAAACAUUCAUAUCUAAAUAAUUCAUUAAGGACAUCAUUGUAAAUUAUGUACCUAUCUUAUUUUUAAAGAUAAUACUUUUAUUUAAUGAUAUAAGAGAAUAUUGUUUCUUUGACAUGAAUGGGAUCAUUUUUAAAGAAAAUGAAUACUUAAUAUCCAUUUUAUUUUCAGUAAAAGACUAUUUAAAAAGUUUAUUAUUAAAAUUCAUAUUUAAAAGAAAUAUGGCACCUUUAUGACUUCUCAUGUUUUAUUUAUGAUUUCUUUAAUAUCAAUAAAUCAUUUUUAAUUUA